AUGCAGAAAUUUAUUGAAGCAGAUUAUUAUGAACUGGACUGGUAUUAUGAAGAAUGCACAGAUGUUUUAUGUGCUGAAAGAGUGGGCCAGAUGACUAAAACAUACAAUGACAUAGAUGCUGUUACACGUCUUCUUGAAGAGAAAGAACGGGACUUAGAAUUAGCUGCUCGGAUUGGCCAGUCACUGUUAAAAAAGAAUAAAUCACUGACAGAAAGAAAUGAGUUCCUGGAGGAGCAAGUAGAACACAUCAGGGAAGAGGUUUCUCAGCUGAGGCAUGAGCUCUCCAUGAAAGAUGAGCUGCUCCAGUUCUAUACCAGUGCUGCUGAAGAAAGUGAGCCAGAGUCCAUCUGUUCCACCCCGCUGAAGAGGAAUGAAUCUUCCUCCUCUGUCCAGAACUACUUUCAUUUGGAUUCUCUUCAGAAGAAACUCAAGGACCUUGAAGAGGAGAAUGUUGUACUUAGAUCUGAGGCCUGUCAGCUGAAGACUGAAACAAUUACUUACGAAGAGAAGGAACAACAGCUUGUCAACGACUGUGUAAAAGAGCUAAGGGAUGCAAACAUCCAGAUUGCCAAUAUCUCCGAAGAGUUAGCAAAGAAAACUGAAGAUGCUGCCCGACAGCAAGAAGAAAUCACCCAUCUGCUCUCUCAGAUAGUCGAUCUACAGAAAAAGGCAAAAGCUUGUGCAGUUGAAAAUGAGGAACUUGUGCAGCAUUUGGGAGCAGCUAAAGAUGCCCAGAGACAGCUUACAGCAGAGUUGCGAGAGCUGGAAGACAAGUAUGCAGAGUGCAUGGAAAUGCUUCAUGAGGCUCAAGAAGAGCUGAAAAACCUUAGGAACAAGACUAUGCCAAAUGCCAUAUCACGUCGGUACCACUCUCUUGGUCUCUUCCCUAUGGAUUCUUUGGCAGCGGAGAUAGAAGGGUCAAUGAGGAAAGAGCUGCAUUUAGAUGAACCUGACUCUCCUGACUUGGCUCAUCAGAAGCGGGUCUUCGAGACAGUGAGAAAUGUUAACCAAGUUGUCAAGCAGAGAUCCAUGACUCCGUCGCCAAUGAAUAUCCCAGGCUCUAACCAGUCCUCUGCUAUGAACUCAGUCAUUUCUAGCUGUGUCAGCACUCCACGUUCGAGUUUCUAUGGGGGAGACAUCUCUAACAUCAUGAUAGACAACAAGACCAAUAGUAUCAUCUUAGAGACUGAAUCCUCUGACAAUGGAAAUGAAGACAGGAUGAAGAAGCCUGGAACUCCGGGGACUCCAGGCUCCAGUGACCUAGAGACUGCCCUUCGUAGGCUGUCCCUCAGGCGGGAGAAUUACCUCUCGGAGCGGAAGUUCUUCGAAGAAGAGCAGGAAAGGAAAUUGCGGGAACUGGCAGAAAAGGGUGAACUCCACAGUGGUUCCGUUACCCCGACAGAGAGCAUCAUGUCACUGGGAACUCACUCCAGAUUUUCAGAAUUUACUGGAUAUUCAGGAAUGUCUAUCAGCAGUCGCUCCUACCUGCCAGAAAAGCUUCAGAUUGUGAAACCACUAGAAGGUUCUGCCACUUUGCACCACUGGCAGCAGCUGGCUCAACCUCACCUGGGUGGGAUCCUGGACCCGAGGCCCGGGGUUGUCACUAAGGGCUUCAGGACCCUGGACCUGGACCUGGAUGAAGUGUACUGCCUUAAUGACUAUGAGGAAGAUGAGACAGGUGACAUUUCUUAUAAGGGCCUAACUACCUCGACGCCAGUUCAGCAUACAGAGACCUCAGGUGAGAGGUCACAAGCACAAGUGACUGUUUCAGACAACAAGAAUAACCCCCGCCAAUCUCAGGCUUUCACAGAGGAGAUGCAGGAGUCCGCGACUGACGAUGAUGAGGGGUCUGGUGAGGGAAACUCAUUAAGUCCAGUAAAACUGACAUCUUUACAGGAUUUUGAUUACUGGGCCAUUCUCGCAUCUCUCCAGAACAGCAUCCAUAGUAUUGCUUUGUGUGUAGCAUCUGCACGUUAA